UCAAACACUGCAUGUCAGAAUCUUUUUCAUCAAGUUAAUGAAAAGCUUCAAGAAAACAAAGUAGGAGACUAGAGAGAAACCAGAACAAAGAAGACUAGCAGUCAAAGCAGGAUGAGGCCUGAUCAUAAGGAUGGAGGCCAAAAUCAAAAGCAAGAACAAGACUUUUAUCUGGGCUGUCUAACCAAGAAACAGUUGAUAAUGUUAUCAACUGCUGUUGGACUUCUUAUCCUGGGCAUCAUUAUUGUCCCUGCUGUGAUUCUCACCAGACCAGGAACCAAAGUUCCAGUUCCACUGUUUCCAACUGGUGGAGACAUGCUGGACUUCCUGGUUCAGUCAGGUGAAAUCAGUGAACAAGAUGGUCUCUUGGCAACCUGGUUCCACCGAGCCAACAGCAAGGAGCAAAUGAACAUGGCUCUGGCAUCUGAUGCAAUGAUCCUAGAGGCAGACGUUACUCUGGAGGGUUAUGGAACUCCCAAUCAGAAACUAGUACCGAUCAUGGCUCACCCUCCUGAUGUCCAUAGUGACAACACCCUGGACCAGUGGCUGGAUGCUGUAUUGGACUCUCGAAAAGGCAUAAAACUUGACUUCAAGGCUCUGGACUCUGUGGGUGUCUCUCUGGACCUGCUCAAGCAAAAGAACAGCAGCAGAGGAAUAAACAGGCCUGUGUGGCUCAAUGCAGACAUCCUUCUAGGUCCCAAUGUACCAAACUUUGUGUCUCCAGUCAAUGGAACCAGAUUUCUUCAGUUGAUUCAGAAGACAUUGCCAGAUGUGACUUUGUCUCCUGGAUGGAAGGUUCUCUAUAUUCCUCAUAUUACUAUGGAAACGUAUUCUAGAGACAUGGUGGAACACAUGUAUCAUCUGAUCAAAGAUGUCCCUCAGAAGGUGACAUUCCCAGUUCAUGCUCUGCUGGUCCACAGAGGAUGGCAGCACAUCAGCUGGCUCCUCAGCCAGUCACCAAGGUUCAGCUUGACUCUGUGGCAGGGUUCAGAUCAUCCAACCGUCAGUGACCUGCUGUUUGUCCGGGACAACACCCAACCUGCACAAGUCUACUACGAUAUCUAUGAACCUACGCUGACUGCGUUUAAAGAGGCCGCAAGAAACCACAGUGGCGUUCGCAGGUUUUAUCCUGGAGGAAAUCUGAUGGAUUUUCUUCAUCCAGUUCACAACUGGAAUAGUGACUUCUUCACUGAUGUCACCCAGCACAGCAGUCUGGGAGUGCGCUGGUUUUCAGUCGCUGAUGAGGCCUUCCUGCUGGCACGGCUCUCAGAUGAGGAUGGUGGGAUGCUGGUUCUUCAUGUAAUUUCUGACAGAAAUCAACCUGGAGUUCCUGUGCUGGGAGACUCUGGGACCAGCUCUGAGCCCUUCACACUUCAGCGGGUCUUUGAACUGCUUGGGCAGAGGACUGAUGCACCCUGGGGGGUUUAUCUUCGGGUUCAUGGUCAUCAGCUUCUGGAAGCUUCCCUCAAACUGCUGCAGGCCGCCUACUGUGCCGAGGAACUCUACAGGCCCAUCUGGAUCAGCAUGGAGAGUUCCCAAAGCAGCUACAGCACAAAUGAUUUUGUGUCCACAGUGGAGGAGUUGUUUCCGUAUGUCACUGUGGUCCUAACUGAGCAGAACUGGCCUCCUCUGAUCCCAGCAACACUGACAGGCCUGUCCCAAAGGCUGGCUGUACACCUAACCUCAGCAUCACUGCUCAAAGAACCACAGGAACCUCCCUCCCUGAAGGAGAGGAACCAGUGUGACUUUCUAGUGGAGAUGGACAUGGAGGACACUGGAGAAACUUUUAGAAUUAUGAAGAAGCUCAUGGCCCAACAGGGAGGAAAAUCAAAUUUCUACAUGAUGACUGGCAAAUAAAAGAAACUAUUUGACACAAACAUGAGGUUGGACUUCCUCAUCUAGCUUGUUGAUGGAGAUUAUCUUUACUGUCAGUGAGGAGCUUUUGGCUUUAUUUCUUUUCUCAAACCAUCACACCUUGAUUUUAAUAAAGUUAAGUGAAUAAAGCCUGGUUAGUUCUCAAAGUAUGUAUUCUGUUUGCAUUAUGUAUCAUGAAGGAAAACAAUGCUAAGGUUAAAAAUGAAGGUCCUCAUACUGUUGAAACUUUAUAUUUACAGUUACAGUCUUUCAAUGAGACUUUAUUUGAUUGACCAACUCAAAAUGGCAUAAUGAAAAGAAAAUAAAGCUCUGAAUAA